GAUGAAAGACUCGAUCAGACGUGUCAUCAGAUGUGAUGAAAUUGAAAUCUUCAGUCUUAUUGAGAGACAGGAGGAGAAGCCAUUGAUUCUUGACGUCAGAUAUUAUGCAAAAAGGAAUUCAUUGAUUCUUUCAUCAGUUUUUCUCAAUUCAGUGGUUCUUCAAAACCGAGCGAUUCUUGAGAGCGAGUUAGAGCUUAAUAUAACGCAAAUCGGAAUCAAUGAAUGUUUGGGAGAAGAGGGACACGAAUGCGAGUCAACGAGUUGUACGACUGAACACGUGUUGGACGAGUCGAGUGAUGUCCUUAUAAACGGAAACUACACUUCUUUGGUGGGCAUUAAUCUGCGGACAAAAGCCAACUGUGUUUGCGAUUACGAGCCGACCCGCGCUUCCCGGGACUCGUCGUGCGCUCACCACAAGUGUCUCAAUGGCGGCACUUGUGUCCAAUCAGACCAUUCAAACUACGUUAGGUGUGACUGUCCUCACGAUAUGGAUGGCCCGGAAUGUCAACUGAGGAGCCGGUCCUUCAACGGUGAGGGAUGGCUGUGGUUGAAGGGCUUCUCCCAAUGCAGUGAAUCUCAUAUAAGUUUGCAAUUCAUGACUCAAAUGUCAAACGGACUCAUCUUCUACUUCGGACCCCUAUCUCCACCUCCAGAGAGCUCUCCGUUUAAUACGAUUAUCACUGAUUUCAUGUCUCUUGAGUUGAGAAAUGGAAGGGCACGACUACUGUAUGAUUUUGGUUCGGGCGCUGAGGAGCUGAUGGUUCAAAGCCCUCAUCCGCUGAAUAACGGCGAAUGGCAUACAAUUGAUAUCAUGUUUGACACAAAGUCCGUGCGUCUAAUGAUUGAUCGGUGUAUCGAUAGUCUUAUAUAUGACACAAAAGUUGUCACAAUUGAUAGAAAUCGAUGCGAAAACAUGAGUUAUAUUCCCUUAUAUAAUGAAUUACUGAAUGUGAACGCACCCCUCCAGGUGGGAGGUGUCGCCCACCACUCGCUAGACAGGCAUUACAACUGGCGAUACCAACACACGACUCUCGGCUUCAACGGCUGCAUCAAGAAUAUCGUUCACAACGGCUUUCUAUACGAUAUGAAUAAUGUUCCGCAUUCUGUCAAUACAGCGCUCGGAUGUCCGGCCGGUGUUUCGACGUGUAAUCUGUUGGGCAAACAGUGCGUGAAUGGCCAGUGUUUGGGCUCAUACAACACCGCCCGAUGCGAGUGUAGGCCCGGUUGGCACGGAUUCAACUGUGAUGUGCCCACACAGACCAAGAUGUUUAAAGCCAGAAGUUUUGCUAAACUAAGCGUUUCCCUGGAUUUGAAUCCAUUCCAGACGUCUAUAUCUCUGCGCUUCCGUAGCCGUCAAUCGCACGCAGAGCUGAUCCGACUGUCAAACAGAGAUCGCAAACAGUAUUGCGUUAUCGAAAUACGCGACUCGAAGAUUAGGUUUCGCUUCAAUUUGAAUCGUUUGCAUGAAAUGCACGAAAAAGUUGUGUCACUUAAUUGGCUUGACGUGAGUGAUGGCCACUGGCAUGACGUCCGCGUCACCAGAUUUGGCGGAUCAGCUCUGAUGGCACUCGACGGCGGAGGCGUUAAGAGGAUCGCCACGAUUACGGACUUUAACGCAACGGAUCAGUUGCUAUACUAUGACAAGAGUAAUGUUGUGGUCGGCGGUGAUGUUCAUUAUCUGGGCGUUGGGGCCAAUGUUGUCAACAAUGAUUUCGCUGACGUAUAUACCUCUGGCCGAGAAUUCAUCCGAGAUAUCAUCAAUAGUGGAAUGGCGUCAUGUGAUCGAUGGCUGUCUUUCCAACAAUCCCUUUGUCCGAAAGGAUACAGAAUGACAGCCGACGCGACCAACUGUACGAAAGACACGGAAUGCACUCGUAAUGCAUGUAAUGGCAAAUGCGGUCAGCAUUCAGAGGACCCGGCGCUCAGCUAUCAGUGUCAGUGUCCGCACAAUGAGUGCAACAAUUUGUCUGAACACUACUUCCAGCUCAACACUACAGCCAUUGCUGCCAUUACUUUGUGUGCCAUUAAUAUCCCGCUGCUUUUCAUCAUUAUAUUUGUUUACUCGCGUUAUAACCGAAGAGACCGUAAGAGACAUAAGAAGGCCAACGACUCGACUGAAGACGACGUGAGAGAGAAUAUCGUUCGCUAUACCGAUGAGGGCGGAGAGGAUGACAUCAAAGCCUAUGAUAUGACAUCUCUUAGGAUACAAAUAAAUGAUGUCAAUUGUGUCGACAAAUAUAACAAACACAACAAUUAUGCGAAUCACAUUUCUGUCAAAUUGAUGGCACACAACCAUUUGGCGGAUAUAAUUCGGGAUCAUUUGGAUAAAAACGAGAUAGAUGGUGUCGCCAAUGAUGAAGUGCAUAAAUACAACUGUGAGGGCAGCGGUAAUACUACGGGAUCUUUGAGCUCAAUAUCUAUGGAUAAAUCCCACGAAGAAUUCAAUUUAAUGCAAUUCAAUGCCAAAGAUAACAACAACUCAAUCGGAUCCGUAAAUCGGAUUAAAACUCUCGAAACUGGUCUUCAUUUCUGAUUAAAUCAUUCAAUCAAUUGCUGUAAAAGAGAUUAUUGUUUAUCAAAACCACUGAAAGAUAUCUCAAUAUAGAAGUCAAGCAUAUUAUCCACAAAUUAUUUCCAAUUAACAAAAUAUGACACCAUUUAUAGGCGUUUAUCUCAACACAAAUACUAUAAUAUAAGCCUUUAAUAACCUGUGAUUCAAAGCAUUGAUCUGUGAU